GCUCGUGUCUUGUUGUGGGAAAAAAAUGGCGGCACUGCUGCUACAGGAGUUAGAAGCUUCCGAGUUUGCUAAGCUGCCCAAAAACAUCCAAAGCAAACUCGAGAAAAUUUUUACAGACCAGCAGUAUAAAAUUGAUUCGUUGAAAGCACAGCAGGAACAAUUCCGGGUUGAUAGCGAGCAACACUUUUUUGAAAAAGUCAAACAACUUGCCCAUUGUCAGGAGGAGUUUUUGUCACAGACUCAAGAACAUCUUAAACUCAAAGAGGAAAUCACCAAACUCGGUGAAGAAUUAAAACGUGUACGUGAAAAGAAUGGAGAAUAUGAAUCCACACAGGAGAAACUGUCAUCAGAGCAAACUUUGCUCUCAAAAGCCAAAGAGGAACUGGAGGCAGAGAAACAAGAGCUUGUGCGGACACUGGAGAGGAGAUCCUUGGAAGUUCAGCAUUUAAAUGAUGACUUGAAGCAACUUAAUGAUAAAUUAGCUGAAGUCAACACUUCUAAGAUGGCUCUGCAGAUGAAGUUAGAUGAGCUUGAAGCAGCAGAAGUGAACAUAAAAUACAAGGAGAAGCGUAUGGAACAAGAGAAGGAGCUGCUACAUGACCAAACAUCAUGGCUGAAAGAGGAGCUGAAGGCCAAGACAGAAGAAAUGCUGUCCCUGUCCCGGCAGAAGGGCAAUGAGAUCCUGGAGUUAAAAUGCACCUUAGAGAAUAAAGAAGAUGAGUUAAAUAAAUUCCAAGAUCAAGUGGCCAGUUUGAAAACCUCAAAUGAACACCUACAGAAACAAAAUGAGGACAUGAUCAGCAAACUGAAAGAAGCUAAGGAACAACGAGCCAACAUGGAAGAAAAGUUUAGAAAUGAGCUGAAUGCCAACAUUAAGCUUUCCAAUUUAUACAAGGGAGCAGCAGCAGAUUCUGAAGCAAAAAGUGAGGAGCUGGGUCGUGCAGUGGAGGAGCUGCAUAAGCUACUGAAAGAUGCUGGAGAAGCAAACAAGGUUCUUGAAGAGAAACUCCAGGAAAUAAACGGAGCCACAGAGAAAUCUGUUAAUGAGUUGAAUGAUAGGAUAAAGAGCCUCGAGAAGGAGCUGGACAAUGCCAAUGAACUUCUGUCAAGUUCUAAGCUUAGAGGCCCAAUUGGUGCCUCUGUGUUGACAGAAGAGCAAUUGACGACAAUGUCUCCAACGGCAGCCGCUGUGUCCAAAAUAAAACCAGGCAUGAAGCUGACUGAGCUCUACACAGCAUAUCUGGAGAGCCAGGAGCAGCUGCAGUUGGAGCGACUGGAGAAUAAACGGGUCAAUAAGUAUCUGGAUGACAUUGUGCAGGAAGUAGAAGCAAAAGCACCCAUCCUCAAACGGCAAAGGGAUGAGCACGACCGCAUGCAGAAGUCAGUGGCCAGUCUUUCUGCCAAGCUGGAACAGGCCGUCAAGGAGGUGCACCGUCUGCAGAAUGAGGCUGAUGAAGCCAACAAGCGCUCGUCUGUCCUGGAAAGGGACAACCAGAGGUUUGAGCUCCAGCUGGCUGAUAUGGCUCAACAGGUUCGUGUGCUGCUGAUUGAACUGGAAGAAGCUCGAGGAAACCACGUGCUUCAUGAAGAAGAUGUAAGCUCAGCUGAUGUCAGCAGUACAUCAGAGGUGAUCAGCCAGCACUUGGUGACGUUCCGCAGUGUAGAGGAGCUUCAGAAGCAAAACCAGCGUCUUCUUGUGGCCCUCAGGGAACUCAGUGAUGCCCAAGAGAAAGAGGAGUUUGAGGCCACCGGCAAUAAGCGUGGAGAGCUGGAACAGAGUUUGGAGAAAGCUCAGGUUGAGUUGGAGUCUCUGAAGGAGCAGCGAAGCCAGCAGAUAAAGAUGACCGAGUCUAUUGUGAGGCAGAGGGACAUGUACCGUGUGCUUCUGGCUCAGGCAACUGGAGUCAAUUUCCCACAACAAGGUACCCCACCCGACGAGUUCUCUCUGACCUCUACCCCCCGACGUUCACCAGCAGCUACUCCCACCACAGGCACACCUACGGCUCUCGUCACCAUGGCUACAGAUUCUGCUGAAGCAUUGGAGGCCAAGGCAGCCUUGCGACAGUUGCAGGAGGUGUUUUCCACCUAUAAGAAGGAGCGCAUGGAGAGUGACAAGGCAAUGACCGAGCAGAACGAGAAGCUACAGGAGCAGCUUUCUGAUCUUCACUCCCAAAAUGCCAAGAUAUCUACCCAGCUAGAGUUUGCCUCUAAGAGGUAUGAGAUGCUGCAGGACAAUGUUGAGGGCUACAGGAAAGAAAUUGCUUCCCUGAGGGAGAAAGGCCAGAAGAUGUCUGCUGCCACACAGAAGCUUGAACAGACCAUCCUCACACUGAAUGAGGAUCUUAAAGCUGCCAGGGAAAAACUCACCAUGGCUGAGGGCCAUGCUGAGAACCUGCGCAAGGAAAGGGAUAUGUUAAAGCUGGUAGAGUCCAAGCUGAACCAGGAGAAGGAGACAAUCAUGAGCCAACAACAGAGUCAGACCCUGCUGCUGACCAAUCUCCAGGCUAUUCAGGCCUCUCUUGAGCGUACAGAGACUGAUACACGUCAGCGUCUCAACAGCCAGCUAGAAAAGCAGGAGCGAGAGAUUUCCCAGCUGCAGAAGAGACUAGGACAGGAAGUGGAACAGCGCCACCUGCUCAGCAGAAACCAAGAGAUCCAGCUGAUGGAUGUAAAAAGACAGUUGGAGACACAAGUGGCUUUACAUCAGAAAACAAAGGAGUUGCUGAAUGCUGCUGAGUUGGAGCUUAAUACCCUGAGGAUGCAGCAAGGCAGCAUUGAAGCACGGCACAUUCUGAGCUCUCCAUCCACACCCAGCAUCAGAGGUCUGCAGGUUUCAGAGCAAGACAGAGAGGACCUCCAAAGCCGACUGCAAUUGGCUGAAACCCGAGCAGAGGAGCUGGCAGAGAGCCUCAAGACUACCACCUCCAGUAUGGAGCAAUACAGAGCCAUGGCUCAGAGCCUGGAGGAGUCUCUGGACAAAGAGAAACAGGUGACGGAGCAGGCUCGCUCAACCAUUGAGGCCCGUUUGAAGGAAGCCGAGGAGCAGCACCACAGGCUGGAAGCGACGCUUCUGGAAGCACAGAAAGAAAAGCAAGACUUAGAGGAGCAGAAGACGAGAGUUGUGGCCUCUCUGGAGGAGCAGAUAAGUAGUCUGCAGAGAAAUCUCAGCAGCGCCCAGGCAGAUCACCAGGCGGCGCUACAGCAGGUGGCCAUUGCCGAAACCCAGCAGCAGCAGGCUCUGCAGGACAGUCAGGAGCAGGCUAAGCUGGCAGCUGAAGCUCAAGAUAAGUAUGAGCGGGAGAUGAUGCUGCAUGCCGCUGAUGUGGAGGCCCUGCAGGCCGCAAAGGCUCAGGUCCUACAAGCUGUAGAGCUCAGACACCAGCUAGAAGAGAAAGUCCAGAGAAUCAGUGCUGAGUUACUGGAGGCCAGAGUCUCCUGGGAGGAGCAGGAGAAGAUCCUCAAGGAGGAGACGUCCAAAAUGGAGAGCCGCUACGAAGACCUGCAGAGGCAGAAUACCCUCCUGCAUGAGCAGGUCCAGAAAAUGAGCAGCAACAUGGCUGCUAACAUGCAGCGUGCCAGUCAGAGUUCUCUGAACGUAUCCCUGACUGAAGAGGGAAAAUCUCAAGACCAGCUUCUUGAGAUUCUCAGGUUUGUGCGUCGGGAAAAGGAGAUUGCAGACUCUCGUUUUGAGGUUGCCCAGGGUGAGAGUUUACGUUACCGUUUAAGAGCGGAGCACUUGGAACGAGAGCUCAAGGAGGCACAGGACAGUUUAAGCUCUGCAAGAGAGAGAAUGCAGGUGACUGCAAAGACCCUCGCUCAGCAUGACGAGCUAAUGAAGAAGACUGAAACAAUGAGUAUAUUAGUGGAGACCAACAAGCUACUAAGAGAGGAGAAGGACAAGAUGGAGAAAGAACUGCAGCAAACUCAAGCUAAGGUGUGCAAAAAAAUGGAGUCGGAUAUCAUGCCGCUGCAGCAGGCUAAUUCUGAGCUGAGUGAAAAAAGCGGCAUGCUGCAGGCAGAGAAGAUGAUGCUGGAAGAGGAAAUCAAGCGUUGGAAGGCUCGAACUCAGCAUUUGGUGAGUCAACAGAAAGAUUCAGAUCCUGAAGAGUACAAGCGUCUGCAUUUUGAGAAAGAGGUACAUCUUAAACGUAUCCAGCAACUCACUGAGGAGAGCGGCAAACUUAAAGCAGAGAUUGCUAGGAUAAAUAAUGUAACAACAUCACUGCAGGGACAAAUACAGAAUUUGCGUGACACUAUGAGUAAGUUAAAUGAUGAGAGGAAUACGCUAAAGAAGGAGUUGGAGACAAAGAACCAGGAAAUCCAAGAGAAGGUGCGAACCAUCACCCAGGUGAAGAAGAUUGGACGUCGCUACAAGACCCAGUAUGAUGAGCUAAAGGUGAACCAUGAUAAGCUGGUAGCUGAGGCUUCAGCAGGCCCACACCAAGACGAGGAAGCACGUCAAGCCUCAGCUCAAGAACUACAGAGCCUUAAAGAUUCUCUGAGCCAGGCUGAAACCAGGACCAAAGAGCUGGAAGCACAGCUGGAGAACUUCAACAAAGUGGUCACAGAGCGAGAGGCUGAGGUGCGCACUGCCCAGGAACAGUCUUCUAGGCUGCAGACAGAGCUGACCAGACUGAGGCAGGAACUGCAGGACAAGACGUCUCAGGAGGACACUUUAAGACAGCAGAUGGCUGAGAAGGAGGAGAAGACCAGGAAGGCCCUUGUUAAUGCCAAGCAGAAGAUUAACCAGCUCACAAGCACCAAAGACCAGCUUCAGAAAGAAAAUGAAGAAUUAAAGCAGCAGCGAGAUGAAAUGGAGGUGCGAGUGAGUGCCCUGAAGUCUCAGUAUGAAGGCCGCCUCAGUAGACAGGAGAGAGAACUUAGAGACCUGCGAGGUCAACAAGAGAGACAAGAGCAGAGAGAUGAGCCACCUGAGGCAGGUCCCAGCAAGACUCAAGAGCAGCAGAGGAGCACAGAACAAAGACAGAUCAGUCUGAAAACAACUCCAGCUGCAGACAGGGGCAGUGCCAGCAUCUCAGAGCCUCCAACUGCCAACAUCAAGCCAACACCUGUAGUCGCUACAGCCAGCAAACAGCCUGUCAACCCAGGGAACAAACCCACUCCAAGAGCAAGCAUCAGACCCAUGAUCACCCCAGCUACUGUACCCACUCCCACACCCACUGCUACAGUCAUGCCUACAACACAAGUUGAGACCCAGGAAGCCAUGCAGUCUUCUGAAGGCCCACCGGUGGAGCAUGUGACCGUGUACGGCAGUGCCAGUGGCUCACUGCGUUCCGCCAGCCCCAAUGUCCAGACCACCUUAGCUAGCCCCAUGCUGACUGUUCAGCAGACCCAGACACAGGCCACAGCAUUCGUUCAGCCAACACAACAACAGAGUGUGACCCACUCAGAACCACCCAAUCAGGAGCCACCACCUGUGGUGAUUGAGGCAACACCUAGCACACAGGUGGAGUGGCCUUCAACGUCCUCCUCUGUGUUUGGCACUGUUUCAGCAACACCAGGAACGUCUGCCAUGUCCAAGAGGCCUCGUGAAGAGGAGGAGAGCAGCAAUGUGGUCACUGACACCGAGGCAACCCAGGAGGACAACUCCAGGGCUCCAAUCCCAAAGAAGCUGCGCAUCAUCCAGAGAGUUGAUCCAGAGGAGGAGAUGCUGGCUGAGGAGAAUGCUGAGGCUGAGGGAGUGGUACCAACAGGCAGUCAAGAUGGUGCUGAAGCAAGUCAGACAGAUCAGUUUUCAACCCUGGAGGAAGGAGAUGAAGGUGCAGCUUCUCAGUCCAUCACAGGAGACCAAGAGGUUACCCGGACCCAAAAUGAGACCCCUGACCAAAUGCAGCAGGAAGUCAUUAUCAUAUUAACUGACACUGAGAGUGAAGAUGACCAGGAAGAGGAGGAUGAAGAGGAAGAAGAACAGGAGUAUGAAGAGGAGGACGAAGAAGAGGAGGAUGAAGAAGAGGAUGAGGAAGAUGAAGAAGAGGAGGAGGAAGAUGAUGGUGGGAUGGGGGAGGAAGGAGAGGACAGUAAUGAGGGUAGCGGAGAUGGCAACGAGGCUUACGAAGGAGACGACACAGAGGGAGCUGAUGUAACAGACCCGGGCACUGAGACAGAGGAGAGUUUGGGGGCGUCGGACUCCACCCAGAGGCCAGCAGAUUCCCAGACACCCAGCUUUGAGGGAAGUACAAUGGAGGCCUUCUCAACAGAACAACCUAUUACAAGUUCUGGUACACGCAUGCCGCAGUCACCACGACGACCAAUGCAUCAGCUACCUCCCCGACUGAACAUCCACCCUGCCCCAACAUCUGAACUUGGACCUCCUGCUCAGCGUAUCCCUGUCCGGCGCCAGUCAGUGGGCAGACUUACUCCUGGGAUGCCGGGCAGUGCCCAGCACUUCUUUGAUGAAGAUGACAGGAUGGUUCCCAGCACUCCCACUCUGGUGGGGCCUCACCGCCCUGAUGGUUUUGACCAGGCCAUCCAUUCUCCGCAGGUAGCUGGGGUGCCUCGCUUCAGUUUUGGUUCUUCAGGGGAAAUGCCACAGACCAGUUCCUCCUCACAUUCUGACCUGGGACAGCUUGCAUCACAAGGAGGUUUGGGGUUGUAUGAAAGUCCUCUGUUCUUAACAACUCAUGAGGAGGAGUCUGGUGGACGCAGCGUUCCCACCACACCACUACAAGUUGCAGCCCCAGUUACAGUCUUUUCAGAGGCAGCACAGUCUGACACAGCGGAGCACGCCUCUCAGUCGGUUCCCAUGGUGAGCACAUCCACACCAGGCCUUGUGCCUGGAACAGCCAGCACAGGGGAGGAGAGAGACGACAUCUUCCUAGAGCCAGACACUGAUAGGCCCAGUGCUGAAGUAUCAGUAGAAGCUGUGGUGUCUCAGGGAGACUCGGAAGAGCCAAGCCAGCCAUCUGACAAGGCCAGCCUCCCCUCCACCAGUCAGGAACCUUCCUCCAGCUCCGCAGAUACAAGCAGUGCUCCACCUAAACCCUCCCGACCUGGACCCAGCAGACAGCUGCAGCGCUGGCCAGAGAGCCGCGGUGGACGCAUGAAGAGAGGAGGUCAGGCCUUUCCUUCCCGCGGUGUACCUGGGAGACGAUUUGCAAGAUAACGCAUCCAUCCGAAGCCUUGACAACCAUAGCUAGAUAAUUCAUCAUUCUUGUCAGAAACACAUUUAAAUUCAAAAUAUCUAGAAUUUUUCAUGAUGGUGUUCACUUGUUCUGAAGCAUGUGUUGUUCUUUUAUAUUUUUUUUGUUUUUUUAAUGUUCUUGAAAAGUACCUGUUAUCAUAAUCCGUGCUGAAGCGGUAUGUUUUAUGAAGAGUAAAAUAAACUUGACUCAAAAAAAAAAAUCUUG